AUGGAUUCAUCGAAAGCAGAUGACGAAACGAAGCCAAAACGAGAAAGAAGAGAGAGAGGAGGAGUGAAAGUGAGGAUGAAAAAGGAGCGUGAAGCUCUCCGUCAAGCUGGCCUCUUUGUUCCAAAUGGUCACUCUUCAUGGAACCGAUCAGCCAUUGGAUUGCCAGACAACUACCGGCCAUAUUUUGAUCGAAAUCGACACGAUUUCGGGCCUCAUUCUCGCUUUGAUGAUCGAGGAUACGAUGCUCCUAGAUCAAUUUGGCACGAUCAACCGCGUCCCAUACCGCGAAUGGGAUUUUUCACCUCGAAUUUCCCCGAUUCAUACUCGAAACGACAUGGGAUGAAGCCUCCCUCGAUGAAGGACUCGUCCAACGAGCCACCAGGGUAUUCAUUUUUUGAUUCGGGGCCCACAACGAGUCGAAAACCUCCAGCGUCGAGUCGAGUGAAAGAACCGCUGACUGGUCCAUUCCCGAAUCCACCGAUGAUUAAUUUAAUAACUGGCCGUUCAAUGAUCCCACCACCCGGUAGCCUAAAGCUACAAGAUUCAGAUCAACAUUUAAAUGAAACAGCAACAACAACAAGAGAUUUAAAUCAAAGAGAGGUUUUUGGAAGAAUGGUUUGGAAAAAGCUCGAGUUGAUCAAGGAUCAAGAUUUACUCAAUCAUGUUCAAAUCGGUAUCAAUCGGAUCAUCGAUCGGGCAAUCGAAAGCCAAUUUGCUCCGGAAAGCAAGAAACAAGAGACAACGGAUUUCACCGCCGAUCCCACCACUACAACACACGACGAUUUGUUUCAAAGUUUCGCCUCACAAUCAACUCAACUCUCCUCAUCAUCUUCAUCAACCUUCAACCAAUCAGAAUCAAAGUCUCUACCC